AUGGACCGGUCCCGGAUCAUCCGCGCAAUAGGUUGGGAGGAUUAUGCUGCGCUGAUCACCUUACCCUUCUGCAUCGCCUACGGCACCCUCCUAGGCGUCUCGACCCGCUAUGGAAUGGGCCUGCACGCCUGGGACUUCCCCGGAGACCUCAGGGAGCAAUACCAAAAAUGGAUCUUCAUUGCUUCCUGCACAUACUUGCCGAGUCUGCUGGGCUACAAAAUGUCAAUCUUGUUCCUGUAUCUGCGGAUUUUCAAUGUCGACAGGAUCUUUCGGUACUGCACUUGGGCUGCCAUGUUCGUCACGUUCGGCUACCUAUUCAGCAAUUUCUGGACUCUGAUAUUCGGCUGCCAACCAAUUGCGAAAUACUGGGAUCCCGAAACACCAGGUCACUGCAUUUUUACGCUCAAGGCCGACUACGGCUAUGGUUCUCUGAACUUUAUAACGGAUCAUGCUCAUCUAUCUCGCAAGGAGAGGGUUGGGGUAUCGGUGAUCUUCAUGAUCGGCUCUGUGAAUUGGGCCGUCGCCAUCGUCCGUUUCGUCUGCGCCGUGCGAGAUCUCACAUCGGAAGACCGUCCGUGGCUGGCCGCCGAGACUUUCCUCUGGAGCAUUAUCGAGGUCAACACGGGUCUCAUUUGCGCUUGCGUACCUGUCCUGAAGCCUUUUUUCAAGCAUGUUGUUCCAAAGAGCGUCACCGACAGAUCGUGGUCUUUUGGAUGGGGCAAAGUCAGUCCGACUGGGGAUGCGCUCGAGGAUGAAAGAAAAUACAGCGAUAGGUUGUGGGAUGAUUUGGAGCGUGGGAAGGCAGGGAGCCUGGGCACCUCGGCUAGCUCAUCUAUUGGCUGA